CACAAAUGUACAUGUCUUGUGAUAAAGGGGCGUUAGACUAGACUGAAUGCCCGCCAUUUGUUAAAUGAUAUACCAGAUACAAAUCAUGGACACCCGUACCAGCGCCCAGGAUGUGAUGCGAUGUGACCUGUGUGAGACCGCUGUUGUACAGAUGCACUGCGAUACAUGUCUUGUCAACCUGUGUAAGGCCUGUGUGGGAGAACACAUCUCAACAGGUGAAUCCAAGGACCACAAAGUCGUCACAUUUCAGUCCAGGAAAUCGACUUCUCUCUACCCUGGAUGUACAAUUCAUAGCAAAGAACGAAGUGAAAUGUACUGUAAUCAAUGUGACAUUCCUAUCUGUGUUUACUGCAUUACAUCUGAUGAACAUCAAGGUCAUAACAUUUUACCAUUAAUGCAGGUCGCCGAGGAAAAGAAAGAAAAGAUAAUCAAUGAAAGAAAUGAAUUAAAUGAAAAAAUUUACCCCACCUAUCAGGGAAUUGCCUCUGAUGUACAAAACAGAAUGAGUCAGUUAAAAAGGGAAUAUGGAGAUCUCUCAACAGCCAUAACAAAACAUGGAGAGGACUGGCACAGAGAAAUUGACAAACUUGUCCAGAAACUUAAAGCUGAAGUUGAUGAGAUGAAAAACACACAGUUACAAACUCUACAGAAACAUCUGGAUGAAAUAUACAAGAGCAUUUUGAACAUCAAGGAGGAAAUCAAUGUAGUGGAAAUUGUUUUGGACACAAACGACUUGUCAAAACUAUUUAAAUUUGAAUCCAAUUCAUAUAUUUACAGAAAUCUUCCUCAUAGAAUUGUGUCAUCUUUGCCUGAAUUCAUUCCUGGAAAAAUCCAAGAAAAACUUAAUGAACGGUUUGGGACCUUAUCAUUACUUUCUUUAACUUCAGAUGCACAUGGCUACAGCAUGAAGACAACACUGAAAUUAUCAGAUGUUGGAUCUUCUCCUCCAACUAGACAACUACUUGAUGAACCAGAGACUGUCACCACCAUAGACACUGGGUAUGGAAGACUUGACAAUAUAGCCUGUCUGAGUGAUGAAGAAAUUUGGACGAGAGGAACAAGCAGCAACAUGAAACUCUUCAGCAUCAAUCAGGGAUCACUACUCAAGUCAAUCACAACCAAGUCAGGGAAAUGGCCAUCUGACAUAGCAGUGACAAAAAGUGGUGAUCUAGUUUAUGCUGAUGCCAUUAAUGGAACUGUCAACAUUGUGAAGAAUGAGAAGAUAGAGGAGGUGAUCAGACUACGUACCUGGAGACCUCAAGGUGUUUGUAGCACUUCCUCUGGUGACCUCCUGGUUAUCAUGUACAAUUAUGUUUACGAACCAACAAAAGUUAUCCAUUACUCUGGCUCCACAGAAAAACAAACCAUUCAGUUUGAUGAUAAAGGUAAGCCCCUUUAUUCAUCUGGACUUUAUAACAUUUACAUUACUGAGAACAGGAACUUGGAUAUCUGUGUGUCUGAUGGUGGAGCUAAAGCAGUAGUGGUGGUCAAUCAGGCCGGGAAACUGAGAUUCAGGUACACUGGACAUACUCCUGCUCCAACGAUUAAACCAUUUAAUCCACUGGGAAUCACUACAGACGGUCAGAGUCACAUCCUAACAGCGGAUUAUAACAAUGACUGUGUCCACAUUAUAGACCAUGAUGGACAGUUCCUCUGCUACAUAGAAUGUGGACUGAGUAAUCCCUGGGGACUGUGUACAGAUACAAAUGACAAUCUGUUUGUUGCACAUACCAAAAAUGAGACAGGAGAGAUAAUUAAGUUUAAGUACAUGGACACAUGAAGUAGAUUUUCAUUUAAAGUCAAGAUACAUACUGUCUAGUAUAUGGUAACAAUAAUGACAAUUUGUUAUUGUCAUUACUAAAUUAGAUAGAGGGAUAGGUUUACUUUAUGCAUUGUUUCAAUGUCAAGAUUGGCCACGAAUCAUGACAUUGCUUGUUAUUGUUUACGUGGUUAUACCAUUAUGUUGAUCCCACAUGUUUUUCUCUGUUAUAUGUUUUUGUCUUUGAGAACUAAUUAUUUUAGAAGAUUAUGUUAUUGAAUUAUGUUAUGCUUUAAGAAGAAAUUGGCAAUUAAAAAAGGAAUUUACUUGCAAGGGUUUCAGUAAUGUAAUCAGACGAGUUAAUUCAUACCAAUAACUACAUUGAAAUGACAUAUACAACAUGACAUAUGCAAUACGUACAUGUAAGCCGCUAUUGUAUGACAUCAUCAAAAGGUUCACAUGGAACAAUAAUUUGAAUCUGAAUUAAUGUAAAGCAAGUACAAGUAGUUACUGGUUGAAUUAUACUUUUCAAAACUUAAACCAUUCAUAUAAUGCCUGUAGAUUUGAAACCUAUUUUUAUGGUUGUUGUCAUUUAUUUUGCUGAAGAAUAUUACCCUGUUUCUGAUGUCUACAAUCCUACUUCAACCACAUUAGAUAGUGUAUUGUUCCUAAUUUUUUCAAAUUCUUUAUUUAUUACGUAGUUAGUAGUUAAUGCAUUCAUUGUACAUAGAAAGUAUAUGUUUAUAUUGAAUAGGAUAAUUUGGAAGUAUAUAAUUGUUUCUAAUUGUUCAAAUUAUUUAAAAAAAUUAUGCCUGUUACUAAUCUUUAGGAAAAUAAAGGAUUUUGAUUGGUUAAUUUCUAGAUACUAAAGCUAUAUAUAAUGGAAAGAGAUUCUCAGUUUUGUCAGAUAGCUUCACUUUUCACUUGUCUGUUUAAAAACCUAUUAGUUAUGAUGAAUUCUGCAAAUAAAGACAACAAUUUCUAUAAAGACAAAUUCUAAUUAUUCGUCAAUAUAAGGAUUGUUUUGACAACCUAGAUUCCUAACAUUUUAUGAACUCCUAACAACUAAAUUCCUGAUAACAGAAUCAGUCCUGACACCCAGAAAUCCUGACUUUUUAUCUGACAAGUGAAUUACUGACAAUUUUUUAAUAUUAAUGUAAACCAUUGUUAAUCUCCAUAUUUUUACUUUUGAUACAGCACUUUUUUCUCUUUAAAUCCCAUUUUGAAUAUAGAUAUCUUGAACCUUAUACUAAGCUAUCUCCAACCACUCAUGAGACACAAACAAAAUAUUUUAUGCAUAUUGAUAAGGGACCAGCACAGUUUUGUGCAUCAACUGUUGACUUGUUAAUAAGUUUGUGACGAGACUUAAUAAAUAGUGACAUAUGGAGUUCCUGUUUAAAACAUCUACAGUGGAAAUAAGAUAUACCGAGGCCAGCCUAUUAUGUACAGUAUGCUUGUAUUCUUAUAUCACUUUUUAUUAAAUUUAGUUAGUCAAAUUUGGAAAGUGCUAGAAAUAAACAACAAGUAACCCUGUAAAUGGAUAAAAUGAAUGACAAUUUAUUAUUCAAAAGAUUACACUCGACUGGUGUUUUCUCUUUAUCCUGAUAAUGACAGGAAGCGCACAGCGAUUGUGACCGGUCGGCACGGGAUGCUCACUAC